AUGGCUUCUCCUCUUCUCCCAACUUCAACUUCUCCUGAUCACCUCCCAGGUAGUGGCAAUGAUCCACAGUUACUCACCUCUCUACGUGUCCUCUUUUCCCGCGUUCUAGCCUCCGUACGUCACGCUACAUCCGAAGCUCGUCCCUGGACAGAACUCAUCGACCGUUCAGCGUUUUCACGGCCACCAUCUCUCUCAGAAGCAGCGUCACGAGUAAGAAAGAACUACACCUACUUCAAAUCCAACUACAUAACCUUAGUAGCAAUCUUGCUCGCAGCCUCUCUCCUCUCACACCCUUUCGCACUCUUCCUCCUCGCGUCACUCGCCGCUUCUUGGCUUUUCCUCUACGUUUUCCGUCCGGCUGAGCAGCCCUUGGUCAUCGGAGGACGCACGUUCUCUGACUUGGAGACGCUAGCGAUGCUCUGUCUUUGUACUGUGGUGGUGAUGUUCAUGACGAGCGUUGGCUCGCUCUUGAUGUCUACACUGGCUAUUGGGAUGAUGGCUGUGGCUGUACACGGUGCGUUUCGUGCGCCUGAAGAUUUGUUUCUUGAGGAGCAAGAAGCCAUUGGGUCUGGUCUUUUCACAUUUUUCAACCAAACUGCUUCAAACGCAGCUGCUGCUGCUAUUGCCACAUCUGCCAUGUCACGCGUUCGAGCCUAA